UCCUCAUCAGCUGUAAUCCAGACGCAGCCGCUCUCUUAUCCCCCACCGCUCCUACUAUAUCAUAUGUGUACAAAAUCACUCACAAGUAAUGAACUGGUAAUUGAUGAACUACGAAUCAAAACAUCAAAUAAUUUACGUAGAAAAAGUGCGCAUGAAUUUUGUAAAUGAAUGAUUUUCAGCAGAUGACAAAACGUUGAAGGAGCUGUUAUGAUUUCAAGUAAUUGAACUCAAAGUAAAACAUAAAUUAGAUGGCUAGUCCUAUGACAGAAGAUAUACCAUUAAACUUUGAUACUCAAGGGACAUCACCUAAUACAAUUACUACCAUUGAUAAUGGAAAUCUUACAUUAGAAGAACAAGUCCAUGUUAUAACAAUUCCUGUAAUUAAUUCUCUACCACUCCAUCACAAUAUCAAUGUUUUACCUGAACCACCACUACGAUUCAUUAACCGAAGUGCACCACCAUCAUAUGAAGAAGCUAUUAAUUCUAAUGCUCUACCACCUUCUUAUGAGUCUUUAUUUGGUCGAAUGAGACAAGCACAUAAGUCAAGCAAAGGAUUAUUUGAUUUCUUGCCGAAUGUAUUAGUUUUACUUCUAGGCACAAUUGGAUGCACAAUCUUAUUGGUGGUUUCCUUUGUGCUUCCAAUAAUUAUGAUAAUCAUUGGUGGAUUAUAUCUCCAUGAUUGUCCUCAAGGAGAAGAUAUUCCAGUCUACUUGUUAGUAGGUGGAAUUUUUGGUGUAAUUAAGGAGUCAUUAAAGUUUACAAAAGCAGUUCGGUAUUGUGGUGAUGAAGAACGAGUACGACAGUCUACUACGCUGAUUUUGAUAAAUUGUUUUCUAUUAGGAUGGUUAAUUUUAGGUUCAAUAUGGGUUUAUAAAGAGUAUGAACCAAAUUAUGAUCCUAGACUUGGUAAAUAUUGUAAUAAAACUCUUUAUCUUUUUGCAUUUUGGCUUACUACAGGCUACAUAGUGAUAGCUGUGAUGUUAAUUGGUCUUUACAGUUUUUCAUUGGCUUGUAUAUUGUUUACAAAGUAGGAUGCUUGAUUUCGUGAUCCUAAAAGUAUUUUUUAGAAAUAUUUUUUUUCAGCUUGAAAUAAAUGAAAAGUACUGAGAAUUAAGAUUGCAACCAUUUUUUAAAGUUAUUAUUGUUUUAACAAUACAUUCCUUUCAUAAUUUGGUUUAAGACCAACGUGAUAUUGUAUAAAAAAAAGCAAGCUAGGUUUGACAGGAUUCAGGUACCUGAGUAAUUUUUUAAACGAAAUUCAAGCAUCCACAAGUAUUAGAUUUACAUGGCUUUAGAAUUUUCAGUGAUUUUUAAAAAUUGAAUCAAUGUUAAAUAUUUAUUUUUCUUAUGACAUACUGAAUAUUA